CUCGCUGUGUAGAAUCCUUUGUUCUCAUUUUCGGCGCACAAAACAAAGUUCAUAAAUCUGGUACAAGCCUAUGACAGUCACCUACCGGCGAACUUGCUCCGAAAUCGACUUCUGAUCAGUGUAUCUGGAAAAUCACUUUGUCUACUUCAAAGACUAGUUGACAUUGGGAUCGCAUUAGAGACGUCACUGGUCCGUCCCUAAGGGGUCCGUCUCCUAGCUCAACUCCCCCUGCAAACACAAUUCACUGCCUUUCUACAAGAAUAUAUUAGUACAGCAUAUAUUCUUGAACGAAAGGAAGUUUUUGGAGGUAUUUCUUGCUGAGUAGACUCUUACCGGAAUCAUUGAUGAUUGUAUUGUUGAUGUAGAGAGUGAAGAGGAAGGAAGAUGUCUGAGAGCAGUAUGGAUUCAAACAAUGGGGCAGUCCUAGAUCCAAGGAUUAAGGAUGAGCUUGAACUAUUAAAUACAGCCUCUGCGGAAAUCAACCGGCUAGAAAAACAAUUAGAUGAAUCUCGGCAAGCAUUUCGUCAGACAUUAACCGAAUCAACCCAAAGCCUGAAUGAGAAGAUCAAGAAAUGUCGCAAGUCAGCUCAGAAGGCUCAGGGUUACUAUGCAGCCAAGGAAGAAGCUAGAAAAGCUCAGGAGCUUGCCCAAGAGGCGGCCCUUCGCUAUCAGCGAAGCUCAGGGAUGUAUUCUGCAGCCAGAGAAACCAUUGGAAUCGCUGAGGAAGCGGCUCUUAACUCCAAGAAACAACCGAUGCAGGAUUCAAGAAGAAGAUUCGAUUCGGCUCUUCAAGAGAUGCUUAAUCUAUCCACAGAAAAGCUCAAUGCUGCUGAGCGAGAGAAGCGAGAGAGCCAACAUGAACACGAGAAGCGAUCCAAACAUUACAUCACGACUCAACAAGAAGUGGACAAGCUUGCAAAGAAGUUCAAGAGAUCCAUCGGCAAAUCAGCCGAUUACUACGAUCUCAAGAAGUCCUUUUUCUACGAGCUGAACGACCUGAAGAUACGAACAGAAGCCUUACAAAGCGCCCUCACCGAAAGCAAGGCCAAGUAUCGAGGAGCUCUGAAGCACUUAGAACAGAUCUCAGACGAUAUUCAUCAAUCUCGUCAAGUAGCCGUCAUUUUGGCUGGAAGUCGACAGAGUGGAGUCGGUGCUGAGACAGAGAGGGAUUCGGAACACGAGAAACUGGACAUCACAUUCCAUAUCGAUGAUAGCACUGAUGGUGAGAGUGUUAUCACUGAUUCAUCGGAACCCUCAAGCUGUGCCUCAUCGACCUCCCGAAUGCAAUCGAGGUCAAUCUCAGGUUCCAGCCUUCCAUCUCCUGCAGAAUGGGACAAUGACAAUAUGAACAACCGUUUCAACUUCGCUGUCGGUUCAAAUCCCGAAUCAAACAACGGCCAUAAUGGAAAUUCCAAAAGAGAUUCAGUUCCCAAGAUAUACAUGGAAACAGUGGACGAUGUGGAAGACGACGACGAUGAUGACGAUGAUGGAGAUAUUUUUAUCGGCGUUGAUAUUGACAGUGAUAGUGACAAUGAUACCAAAGGUAGGCUCGAUGUCACCCGUAAGCUAAGAACUAUUAGCAUCGGCGACCUCAAGUCCUUCAGCGUCUACGAUGAUGGUGAAACCAUCGACAUCAAUUCUUCGACCACGGCUGAUGAAUCGAAUGGAUCAGACACUACAUCAAAUCAAACGACAUCGGAACAGGUUGGAGAUCAAACAGUCAAUGAAUCUUCCAAUACUCCCGUCCAUGACGCCCUCAACGACAGUGUCGAUGAAACCCACGAUGAAACCAUCACAGAAAUCGUUGACGGCGAUGUGCCGUCUCAGCCGGAAAAGAAAGAUGACGUCGCAGAUGCAGCCGUCGAUGAUAAAGCGAAUGACGAAGUCGUCUGGAUAUGAACGAGGGGUUUAGCAUAGCUGCCGUAAAUGAUUAUUGACUUGAAAGCGUUUCAGUAUUUGAAUCAAGAGACGAUCAUAAGCGGGUCCUUUAUGGGAGCUGUGGCAUAUAAUCGAUGAAGGCUCUGAAGUCUCUGUUCAUUGUAGGAAAAGAUUUUUGCCCGAACAAACCAGUCCCUCUCCACCCAGAUGUAAAACGUACCCUGCCGGAUUAAAAUUAAAUGUAGGGCCCUCAGAAAGAGCAGUAUUAAUACUAAUAUUGUUAC